AUGGGUGAGAGGAAAUCAAACAAAGUCACACAAGCCGCCCUUCUGAAACAAAUUAUAAAGAGGUGUUCAAGCAUAGGGAAGAAGCACUGGUACGACGUUGUUGACGGCCUUCCACUCGACGUUCCGAAAGGACACUUCCCGGUCUACGUCGGAGUCAACAGAACACGAUAUAUCGUUCCGAUUUCAUUCCUUUCUUAUCCUGAAUUUCAACGCCUGCUGCGGUGGUCGGAAGAAGAAUACGGCUUCAAUCACGAUAUGGGUCUCGCGAUCCCAUGUGAAGAAGACGUUUUCCAAUCACUCACGUCCAUGCUCCGGUGA